GAGAGACCCAUUCCUAUCCCCCACACAAAAAGUGGUGGGAAAAAAAGUUCUUUUUGUACACACUGCCAUGAUGGCGAUGAUGAUGCCUGCAAUCUCCAACAGCAGCAGCAUCAACAACAAUUAAACACUUCCUCUCCUUCACUUUCUACUCUUCUCUAUACUUACCUCUUUCCCUUCUCCUCUUUUCGCUUCCUCAUGGCUGAUUCCUCUCGGCUCUCUCGCAUCUCAUGCAAUUGCCCAUGAAUGGUAGAGAACCUGCAAGAGAGCUAUGGAGAAAAAGUGCGGGUGCUGGGCUGUGUUGAGACGCGGCGUUAGAGGUGCCUGCAAGCCCUCUGCUUCUAAAGACUCUGCUAAUACAAUCCCUCGUACUAGUCUAGUUUAUGAUGCAGGUAUAUGUAUAGCUACUGAAACACGUUAUCUAAAUGCCAGCAACAGAGAACUCUGUCCUCCAGGUGAAGCUCAGCUAUCUUCAGAGAAUCCAGUUCCGCCAUCAGCAGAAAGCAAAACUCCUUGCCAGCUGCUUCAGUUUUCAUUUCAGGAACUAAAAGCUGCAACGGGGAACUUCAGACCUGAUAGUAUACUUGGGGAGGGUGGAUUUGGAUACGUGUUCAAAGGAUGGAUUGAGGAAAAUGGGACAGCACCAGCGAAGCCUGGGUCAGGAAUUACAGUUGCAGUCAAAAGCUUGAAGCCAGACGGUCUUCAGGGCCAUAGAGAAUGGGUGGCUGAGGUCGACUUCCUUGGGCAGCUCCACCAUCCUAAUCUUGUUAAACUUAUUGGGUACUGCAUUGAAGAUGAUCAACGGCUGCUUGUUUAUGAAUUUAUGACCCGUGGAAGUCUUGAAAACCAUCUUUUUAGAAGGACCAUACCUCUUCAAUGGUCCAGUAGGAUUAAGAUUGCACUUGGCGCAGCAAGAGGACUGGCGUUCCUCCAUAAUGGUCCUGAACCAGUAAUAUAUAGAGACUUCAAGACAUCCAAUAUUUUGCUUGAUUCGGAGUAUAAUGCAAAGCUUUCAGAUUUUGGUCUAGCCAAAGCUGGGCCUCAAGGAGACAAAACACAUGUUUCUACCAGGGUUGUUGGAACUUAUGGCUAUGCAGCUCCAGAGUAUGUAAUGACAGGACACUUGACAUCUAAGAGUGACGUUUACAGUUUUGGUGUCGUGCUACUCGAGAUUUUAACGGGCAGAAGAUCAAUGGACAAGAAACGCCCUAGUGGAGAGCAAAAUCUCGUUGUAUGGGCUCGGCCACAUCUAGCUGACAAGCGAAAGCUUCAUCAAAUAGUGGAUCCUCGCUUGGAAAUGAAUUACUCUCUUAAAGGGGUGCAAAAAGUCUCUCAGUUAGCUUUCAACUGCCUCAGUAAGGACUCAAAAUCCCGCCCUACAAUGGAUGAAGUUGUUAAAGUUCUGACUCCAUUGCAGGAUCUUAGCGAUCUUGCUAUCAACCAUUCUCGUCUAUCCCAACAAGGGAGACGCAAGAAAAAAGAUGGAACCCCACAGCUCACCUACAACCAAUCCAAGAACAUCAGAGACUCUCCACUGAACAUUGGCAAGCAGCAUUGUAGAUGAUGGGCAGCCAAUUCUUCUUGAUUGGUUCAAGUACUAUUUGAUAAAACAAAGGCUCGCCGCGUGCCAUCUCUUUCAACUGGGUAAUUGUCACAAGAACAUAUUUCAAGCUUGUAUAAUUUUUGGGUGUUUGAAACUUGCCAGAGCAGCAGGGACAACGGAAGAGGAAAGGUACAUCAGUUUUCCUUUUCCUAGGCCCUUACAUUAGAGUGCUAACCAUCAAUUUAGAACAUUCCUCGCGAUUUGCCUGUGUUGUAAUUGAGCUAUAUACUGUAAUUAGAUAAAUCUUAUCAUUUCCAAGUUGUUCUUUGCAA